AAUGAAGUGGGGGCACCACGUCAGGCCUGGCCCACGCUGGUAGCGACCCCAGGCAGCUAUGCCUUCCGGAUGCAGGAUGGACAGCCAGGGCCCGGAAUGGUGCAGGUCCUGUCCACUGGAGAAUGGGAGGAACCCUUGGCAGUGGAGCGAGAGCGGGCAAUAGGUGGGACAUAGGGGAGGGGCUGGAGGAGGGACAGAAGGAGGAACUAACGGGGGUACUCGAGAAGGCCAGAGACGCCUUCGCAUACUCACUGGCAGAACUGGGCAAGUGUAACCGGACAGAGAUGGAGAUUGAUUUGCAGAGCUCUGAGCCUGUGUAUCAAAGGAGACGGAGACUGAGUCCAGGGGAUCGCGACAUCGCUAUAGCCAAAUGCAAAGAGGUGCUAGCAGCCAGCUUGAUUCAAGAAUCAACAUCAGAGUAUGCAGCGGCAACUGUGGUAGCGGUACACAAGUACUUGACAGGAGAAAUGCUAGCAAGACGGAUGUGGGAGGAUUAUCGAGGCCUGAACCGCAUGACGAAGAGCGAUAGGUACCCCAUGCCGAUGGCGGAGGAGAUUUUUGACAAGCUGGCGGAAGGGAGGAUUUACUCAACUUUAGACCUCCGGCAGAGAUUCAAUCAGAUCCCAAUCAAGGAAGAAGAUAAGGCCAAGACCGCGUUUCACGGUGGCGGGGUUGACGUGCCAUCCAGAGAAAUGCCACUUGGGGUUAAGACAGUAGCUUACCUGGGGUUUCAGGUGGGAGAAGGCGGGCUCUCGGUGCAGCAGGCGAAGGCGGAGGUGGUUGACAGGCUGAAGGCGUCCACAGAUCGUAGCACUCUGAGAGCGCAGCUGGGAUUCUUGAGGUACUACCGCAGGUUCAUCCCGAACUUCAGCAAGACAGCCAAGCCACUAAAUCAGUUGUUAAGUGAGGAUGAAGGAUGGAAGGGCGGGAAAGAGCAAGAGAGAGCAUGGACCACCCUCAAGGAGGCCGUGAAGACGGCGCUGCUGCUGAAGCUGCCUAACCCAGACGAGCCUUUCCUGCUGUACACAGACUGGAGCAGCAGUGGGAUGUGCACUGUGCUCUGUCAGGAAGAAAAAGGAAUGGAGAGGGUGGUGGCGUACGCCAGCAGGUCAUGUAGCCCAGCGGAGAGCAAUUAUAGCUCGUACGAGGGAGAGGGGUUAGCGGCAGUGUGGGGGAUAGCACUGUUCCGGCCCUACUUGCAGGGGAGGAAGUUCACGCUGGUGACCGAUCACCAACCACUGCUCUGGCUGAUGACGAACCAAACCCCAAAGGACCGGAAGGGGAAGAAGUUCCUGAGAGGCGACUAUCCAAAGAAAUGCCACUUCGGGGUUACGACAGUAGCUUACCUGGGGUUUCAGGUGGGAGAAGGCGGGCUCUCGGUGCAGCAGGCGAAGGUGGAGGUGGUUGACAGGCUGAAGGCGCCCACGGAUUGUAGCACGCUAAGAGCGCAGCUGGGAUUCCUGAGCUACUACCGCAGGUUCAUCCCGAACUUCAGCAAGACAGCCAAGCCACUAAGUCAGUUGUUGAGAAAGGAUGAAGGAUGGAAGUGGUGGAAAGAGCAAGAGAGAGCAUGGACCACCCUCAAGGAGGCCGUGAAGACGGCGCCGCUGCUGAAGCUGCCUAACCCAGACGAGCCUUUCCUGCUGUACACAGACUGGAGCAGCAGUGGGAUGUGCACCGUGCUCUGUCAGGAGGAAAAAGGAACAGAGAGGGUGGUGGCGUACGUCAGCAGGUCAUGUAGCCCGGCGGAGAGCAAUUAUAGCUCGUACGAGGGAGAGGGGUUGGCGGCAGUGUGGGCGGUAGAGCUGUUCCGGCCCUACUUGCAGGGGAGGAAGUUCACGCUGGUGACGGAUCACCAACCACUGCUCUGGCUGAUGACGAACCAAACCCUGAAGGACCGGAACGCUCGAUGGGCUAUGCAUCUACAGGAGUUCGAGUUCGACGUGAAGCAUCGACCGGGGAAAGACUUUGCAGCAUGUGGAUGGCCUAACUCGCCAGAGGCAAGAGGGAGACGAGAGGAGAGAGGUGCGGGCAGAGGCCGCACUUACUUGUAUGGCGGUGGCCCUGGAGAAGGAGGGAUGGAACCGGAAGACAGAGACAGCAAAGGGCAGUUGAGAGAUUUGGGAAGACCAGCCAGUGCUCGCCUGGGGUUCAGGGCAGGGGACCGGAAGGGGAAGAAGUUCCUGAGAGGGUGCGAGUGCGGGGGGGUGCAUUACCGAUGGCAGACGGAUCAGCAGCAGCUGGUGACAGAAGAUGGGUGGCGGAUAGUGCCACGGCCAGAGGAAAGGGAGGCCCUGAUCGUGAAAGUACAUACACAGUUGGGGCACUAUGCCGUGGAACGGACCGUACAGAUGCUGCAGACCAUGUACUGGUGGGCGGGCCUGAGAAGAGAAGUGAAGGAAGUGCUGGCCAGAUGUGAGCCAUGCAGCCAGAGCAAGGCAAAGCUGGAGCGAACCAAGGCAGAGCUGCAGUCUCUACCCAUCGGUUCAAUCGGGUAUCGCUGGUCCUUAGACAUGGUGGGGGAAAUGCCGCUAUCUCGGCGAGGCAAGCAAUACAUUCCGUGAUGAUCGAGCUCACGAGCAAGUGGAUAGAGGUGGCAGCACUGGCAUGGAAGACAGCAGCAGCAGUGGCAAAGGCUUUCACCCAGCAAGUCGUAACCAGGUCGGCGCAUGUGGGGAAGUUCUGACGGACAAGGGUGGAGAAUUUGCGGGAGAAUUCCACGGCCUGCUGCAAGAGCGGAAGGAAGGAGUAGGUGGAGGACCUAGGCAUGGGACUGAGCUGCAAAUUGGGGAUGAGGUGUACCUGAAGGAGCCGCGGCAUAAUACGCUGGAGUGUGGCCUGAGUAAGCAGCGGUGGGUCGUGCGCAGGAAGGAGGAGUCGGGGGUCCUGACACUACAGAAUGCGCCAGGGAGGUCGGUUCAGGAUCAUGUGACGAAUGUCGCCCGAGCAUCCGGUUCGCGACCAAGCAGCGGGGGCGCAGGGCAGACCGAGAGGGGGCAUGAGUCAGGGGAGUCGAAACUCAUCACAUACAAGCGUAGGGAAGGCAAAGAAUCUUAGGAACCAGGUUAGGCAUUGCAGAUGAGAGCUGCGGGGAGGGGAGGAGGCUAUGCGACAGCUGUCGCAUGAACCUCGUUGUACCCGUUACCGAGUUUUAUGGGACAGCGCGGGAGGUGCAGGUGCGGAAUUAGAGGUUCGGAAAAUGUUGUAAGCAAGUGUAUAUAGUGUACAUAGCCGACGAAUCUUUCGAUAAAGGUACAGUGAUGGGCGAGCUGGGAGCGGUUGGCCAGCUGGGAAGGAAGCAGGUUGGGGCAUGACACGUAAGUAAGCAUGAGGAGCGGUUUGGGCAGUAAAAUCAGCGAAUGAGA